ACCGACAAUCAUCGAGAGAGAGAGAGAGAGAGUCAAUUGAGCUCUGCUGUUCUUGGAGUUGAUUAAUUCUGAGAAUUUUAAACCCUAAUUUUGGUUCUUGAUUCUUGUUGCUCGUCAAUCCAUAUUCUGUUUUUCGCAAUUUUUAAUUCCAUCGCCGAACACAAUCUGUCUUCAUCUGAUUAUCGAACUGAUUUUGCUCCUAGUUUCUGAUCCGGAAACAAUCACGAAUCAAAAGCGAACGUAUAAAGCAGGUAGUUAAAGAAGUGGUGGCAGUAGCCGGGUAGCAGCCUACUGGACAUUUCAACUUUAAACCAUCGGAAAUGGAUCAGAAUGCUGCUAUGGAAGAGGGGAAGGUUUUGAAAAAUGGGCUUGAAUUGGUGAAAUCUGUUUCGGAUAAGCAUCUUGAUCUUUUGAGGCCAUCAUCUCGCUUAUUUUCAAUGUUUAAAGGGCAUGCAUACGAUCGUGAGAAAGGCAAGUAUGCGCUUAUCAGGGAUUCAGAUGAAGGACUUUAUGACAAACCCCUCCCUUGUUUUGGCUGUGGAAUUGGAUGGUUUUCUUUCUUAAUAGGGUUUGCAUUCCCUUUGAUGUGGUACUAUGCUACAUUCCUGUAUUUUGGAAACUAUUACCGGAGAGAUCCUAGGGAACGUGCAGGUCUUGCUGCUUCUGCAAUUGCUGCGAUGGGGUGUUCGAUUAUCUUGUUUAUUGUAGCAAUGAUCCUACUGUUCUAAUGGCUGAUUUGAGAUAUUGAACUGGGACCGGAAGUGUUGCAGCAGCAGCAGCAGCAGCAGCAGCAGCUUCAGCUUCAGCUUUAGCAUGUAGAUACACAAAUGCAAGUCUUGAUGAACAUGAAAUAGUUUAAAAAUUUUGUGUUAUUUGACACACAUCUUGUAUACCGCAAUCACAUCGGAUUGUACAAUCUUGAGAAAGAGUUCCGCAUACUACUACUUUUUUGCAACUGGACUUGUACAAAAGUUGUCGUUACCGAAACCUCACCUCACAUCACCUCUCGCACUUUUCAAGUGUUCGUUAGAGUUUUAUCUUGUUACUAUUUGUGUCUCCGUUUUGUGUG